GGUCUCUCUCCUCCUAGGGUCUUCAUCAAAUUUGAAAGGGAAUCAAUCGGAAAUCACCGGAGAAAAUCAGCAAAGUUCUACGAGUAGAGAGAUCAAAAUUCUUCGAAUCCAAACGAAACCCCCUUAUAGAAUUGCGUACGUAUCCUGAGUAGAAGAAGAACGAUGAGGAAAGAGGAGAAUCAUCCAGAAAAUAAAAGUCGGGUUGAUCCGAAUCUUCCGAAAUGGGUCUGCCAAAAAUGUCACCACUCCCUCACCAUCGUCGGCGUCGAUUCCUACGCCGGCAAGUUCUUCAAUGAUUCCCCUCCUUCCGCAAUGCAAGGCUCUUCCAUCCAUGGAGCCAACAGUGUUCUUGGUUCAACACGUAUGGACAACUCUUUUGUUGUUUUACCUCGACACAAGCCUCAAUCUCAGGGCAUUCCUCCACGUCCUCGUGGGGCUUCUUCUCCUCAGCCUCAUGAUGCAACACACUCUGGGAAGGCAAUGGAUGAAUCGUUUGUUGUCGUGUAUAAGUCUGAGUCAGCUUCUGAUUCUGGAGGCGCUUCUCAAAAUACGUCAGCCCUUGAAGUGGGCCAGAAUGGUCCUUUGCAUUCGAAUACUUCUGGGUUUAAUGCGACUAUCAAUGUCUUAACACGUGCUUUCGAUAUUGCUAGAACUCAGACACAGGUUGAACAGCCAUUGUGCCUUGAAUGCAUGAGGGUGUUGUCUGAUAAACUUGAAAAGGAAGUCGAGGAUGUGACGAGAGACGUGGAAGCAUACGAAGCAUGCGUUCUGCGGUUAGAAGGAGAGACACAAGAUGUGCUUAGUGAAGCUGAUUUUCUCAGGGAAAAGAAGAAGAUUGAAGAAGAAGAAAGAAAGCUUGUUGCAGCUAUAGAAGAAUCAGAGAAGCAAAAUGCUGAGGUCAAGCGUCAACUGAAGGAACUUGAGUCAAAGGGAAAUCGUUUUAACGAACUUGAAGAUCGAUAUUGGCAAGAGUUCAACAAUUUCCAAUUUCAACUAAUAGCUCAUCAGGAAGAGAGAGAUGCAAUCUUGGCGAAGAUUGAAGUCUCACAAGCACAUUUAGAGUUAUUAAACAAGACAAAUGUACUGAUUGAUGCCUUCCCCAUACGGUAUGAUGGAGAGUUUGGUACAAUCAACAAUUUUCGACUUGGGAGACUCCCUAAAGCACCGGUUGAGUGGGAUGAGAUAAAUGCAGCUUGGGGACAAGCUUGUCUUCUCCUCCACACGAUGUGUAACUAUUUCCGGCCAAAGUUUCAAUGUCGAGUCAAAAUACAGCCAAUGGGAAGUUAUCCAAGAAUCGUGGACAGCACCAACAGCACUUAUGAACUAUUUGGUCCUGUAAACUUGUUUUGGAGCACUAGAUACGAUAAAGCCAUGACGUUGUAUCUGGUAUGUCUUAAAGACUUUGCUGAAUUCGCAAACGCAAAGGAUCAAGAGAACAAUAUUCCACUAGAGAAAUGCCUCAAACUUCCAUUCAAAAUCGAAAAUGAUAAAGUGGAGUCAUAUUCAAUAACGCAGAGCUUCAACAAGCAAGAGAACUGGACCAAAGCACUGAAGUAUACUCUUUGCAACCUGAAAUGGGCUCUCUAUUGGUUCGUUGGGAACACUAAUUUCCAGCCUCUCUCUGCAACUGUCUCGUUGCCUUCUGAUGUGUCAGCAGCUGGUUCCUUGUACGCCAAGCGAGGUCCUGGUUCUAAUAACCAGUCUGGUAAAAACUUGAGAAACUCGUGAGGAGAUGGAGAUACGAAAUGAAACCAGUGACUUUGUGUGAAAGCAUUUACUGUUAUAACAUCGAAUAAUAAGAAACACUGAUGCUGAUAACUUAUUGUACAGGCCACUUUUACAUUGUGUGUAAUUAUUAUAUAAACCUUUCACAGAAACCACC